CUGAGCGCUUCAGCGCGUCAUCCCAUUGAACCACACUGAAUUCACUCCGAUCAGCUGUUGUGGAGCAGGAAGCUCGGAGUUGUUCACCUUAGAAUUUAUUUUUAAACUCAGUUUGUUGAACCUACUUCUUGGAAUCAAGCCCCGGUCAACACACGACACCAGACGGUGGCGAUGAUGCACCGUUCGCUGUUUGCUAACCGCCAUUCCUUCUUUUAAGAGAAAGAAGAAGAAAGCUUACCUCCUGGUUAGCUGCUGACGUGUAUUUGCGCGGAAGUGUCCGUGGAUAUUUCUGCAGCUAUCGUUUAGUUCUUUCCGCGACAGUUCAAAAUGAAAUCAUUAGCUUGAGCUCGUACCUCGAUGGUAAAAUAAGAGCCGAGGAUAGCGACGACUCAGCACAGGGUAACACAAAGCGUCGCACAGCUGCACACAGGAAGGCACACAGCUGCUGCCCUCACCAGCAGCAACACACAGAGCAACACUUUAUGAGGACUUUCCAGAGGUGUGUCUUGGCAGUUUUGUGAGGAACAAUGGGGAAGAAGAAGGUUCCAGACUUGUACAGAGCCCCCUUCCCCUUGUACUCGGUGAAAGUGGACCCUGACACAGGGCUGGUGAUCAUAGCAGGAGGAGGGGGGGCCUCCAAGACGGGCAUCAAGAACGCUGUGCACUUCCUGGAUCUGCAGCUCGUUGGGGAAUGCCAGCACAGUGCCAGUCUCCUUCACUGCCAUGAUACUGACACGCGUGCUACCAUGAACAUGGCUGUAGGUAAAGGUGUGAUUGCUGCAGGACAGGACGGGAGCUGCUGUCUGAUGCAGUUUAAACAGUGCACGCAGAAAGAAGGCAAAGAUGCUAAUAAAGAUGGGAAGAGCAAGCAGCAGGGGAAUGCCAGGCUACGAGCUGGGAAAGGAGACAAGUGUGGACAGGAUGGAGUUACACCAUCUGGAAACACGUCAGAUAUGAAGGACGAGACGACUCGCAUCUCUGUGACCGCUUUAGCUGAGGUGCAGUCAGACCUGAACCCUCAGGAUCCGCUUCAGAAAGUCGUCAGGUUCAGUCCCGACCAGAGCCUGCUGCUGACCGGAGGCACCGACGGGCACGUCAGAGUCUGGGAGUUUCCUUCCCUGAAGAAAAAGUUUGACUUCAAAGCACAUGAAGGAGAGAUCGAAGACUUGGAUAUAAGUCCUGGGAACAAGCAUCUGGUGACUGUCGGUCGGGACUUUGCCUGCAGUGUAUGGAGCGGCAACCAGUUGUCUAUGAGUCUUAAAUGGCAUGAAACCGUGUCUCACAUAGAUGAGAAGACCUAUCGAUAUUUGGCUUGCAGGUUUGGAAAGGUUGAAGACCAGAAAGAUGCCCUGAGACUUUACACCGUGCAGAUCCCCCAUAAACGAGACAGAAAACCUCCCCCGUGCUACCUCACCAAGUGGGACGGCAGGAGCUUAUUGGCCAUGCUGACGGCUCCCUGCGGCGCCGAGGUCAUCUCCAGUCUGGCUGUCAGGCUGUAUUAUGUACAUGAAUCACACGGCAUCGUGGUGACAGACCUGGCCUUCCUGCCUCACUCCGUGAAAGGCAAGAACAUCAAGGGGAGCAAUGAAACGGCCCUGCUGAGCGUCGCUGUGGACAGUCGCUGCCAACUACACCGUGUUGCCAGAAGAAGAUACUUCCCUGUUUGGCUGGUGUUGUUCUUCUGUGGCGUGCUGGUGGUGGGCGUCGUUCUCCUCCUACAGCACCUCUUCCCAGGGUUUAUUUAAGUCGUACAUGUUGCCACGAAUGAGCAUUUAAUCAUCUCUCUGCAUCGGUGACCUGAGUUCAGCCUUCACGUGUCCCAUCACGGCACCGUUACUGAACCAAACCUGGACACAGUUGAAUGUUUAUCAUCGUUUAAAAGCCGGGAUUUUAUUGGACUGUUUUGUGAGGACGUCUUUUAUUAAAAAACGUUCACAGUGAAUGAUCCACUGACUUUGAGUAAAAACAAAUGUUAUCGCCUGGUUGGCAGCAGAGACAUGAAUGAUGACAGAAGCUGCUCGUUGGUUAAACAUGUUUUUGUCUGGAUUCAGCUCAAUAUAAAUAAAAUGAAUCAAACUGAAA